CUCCAUAGUAUAUUAUAUACGCGUACCUUGACGUUUCCGUUUAUUAGUAGCAGUACGCUUUGUAUCCUUUCGUGGUGUAACGAUUUCUUGCUCUUCUUCGUCUUCCUGAUCAUCCUCCUCCUCUUCGUCUUCAUCUUCUUCAUCUUCUUCGUCUUCUUCUUGUGAUAACAAUUCGUCGUCCUCGUCUCCGGAAUCGGCGUUUUCUUCGUCCAGAACUGGAUCCUCGUCAGCUUCCAGAUCUUCGUCUUCUUUAUCAACGUCUUCAGGCAUUUCGUCUUCGACUUCAAGACUAUCGCUACCAGAUUCGCUCAACAUAUCUUCGUCUUCAUCUGGUGUGGGGCUUUUUACCACUUUUCUCCUUGGUCGUGUGGAUGGCAUGGUGAAAGAAAUGAUCUUUCGGUGUUAAACCCGUGACUUGUCAUUUUAAGGUGAGUUUGGAACAGCGGCACACUGGUCGAGCUGUCUUGUUCGUGACUUAUCAUUAGGUAAUGAACUUCAAUUUUGAAGGAAACUACAAGGCAAAGCGAAAUAUCAACCUUGGUGGUGUAAGAGCCCAAGAGGACAAAAAAAGGCUACUGGAAAAGGCUCAACGGGAGCGAAAAGCUAGAGAAGCUGAACGGUUACGUAACAAGACCGCUACAAAGAUUCAGGCAUUUUAUCGAGGUCGACAAGAAGCAUCCCGAAAUCGCACAGCUUUACGCCAGGACUUUGAAGGAAGCUUCUCGAAACUCCAACAAUUGUUGCAGGAACAAUGUACACCAGAUGAUAUAGCCCAGAGUGAGGUACAAACUUUGCGACUACUACUCGGAUUGAUGAAAGAGGAUGGUCCAAACACUCGUCACGUAGUAACGCAGUUCCUUGAAUGGCUUCUAAUACCGCACAAUAACGCUAUUGUAUUACCAUGGCUUUCGGAUGACGAAGAACUCGGUGAUAUAUGGGAAUGGCAGAUAAGGCUACUGUUGUCAAGAAUGACCCUUACGUUUGAUAAAAGUGCACCGGUGGAUAAUCUCACUCGGUUACACUUUAUGCAACUGCUAUUGUCCAAAGAAACCUAUUCGACAAAGGGCAUUUCGACCGAAGUUGCAGAUAGCAUCCGGCAGUCCGUAGCAAAGCACUUGCUAAUAAGGAAAAACAUUUACAAUACCAUUCACACCUAUUUUUCGGAACAUGACCAAGACGAAAUGGAGCAAAUUGAAGCCCUGGUUGGACUUUUGAUCAAUAUCUUGAAAAUUGAAUAUCAAACACCUGGCUUCAGCACUGGCGGAGAGGAUAUGACGAGAACGUUUGUCAUGCAAAUCUUGACUAUUCGAUCACUUGCGCAAAGAAUCUCGCCACAUCAUUAUGCAAGUGUUUUGCAAGUGAUUGGUAUAGAGCGUGUGCUACGGGCAAUUUUGGAAGUUGGUCAGGAACAGAGUUUAGAACCUACGAAACUGAUUGGAUUGUUGGAAAAUAUGAUUUCAAUGAAGUCAAGUGCGAAAUUGACUCUGUCAUCCAAAGACAUGAUUUGUUUCGCACAAGUAUUGGUACUCAUUCUUCAACAAUCGUCUCCGCACUUUUUUGUCGAAAGCGAAGAGACAAAUGAGACACAAAUGAUUGAAAACGAGAGUGAUGAAAGUGAUGAAGAAGACAGAGACAUUGAUAUGGAUGCCCAAGAUAACAAAGGAGACGAGUUUAAAUGGAAGGAUCUGGAUACCAAUGAGCAAAAGUGCUUAUCUGAACUUCAUGACGAAGCAUUUUUAACAGACAUUGUCAAUUCUUUAUUCUCACAUGACCAGCCAAAUGGUAUUGAUCGCCAUACAGCUAUUACACUGCUUUCUGAGAUAUUCAAUCUGUUGAUCAUUCGAUGGCCCAUGUACAAAAUCAAGAUAUUCGGUCUACUGUUGUAUAAUUUGACUAUACCUGACAGUACUACUGGCACGCAUAAUUUUGUGCAAGAGCUUUGGUCAGUAUGGAAAUCUGGAACGGUCUCGCAAGAAAUUGGUAAAUUACCACUCGCCAGUUCAAGCUCACGGAUCGUAUCCUACAUCUUGAACCCGGUUUAUCGUGGCGAAUGGAACAUUUUGAUGAUGUUAUGUGAGCUUUACCACCGAUCACUUGUAACCAUCGGUGAUGAUGAGUUCUUCAACUCACAAGAAGGCAAAAAUCCAUUGGACACUCAAGAAAUUCUAGAUCUGAGCUUAGAUCUCAAGAGCAUUACCUUUGCUCUCUUUUGGAACGCCUCACUUUUAGAUGUUGAUACGAGCAAUACAGGAACAGUUGAUUUAAAUGCAUUGAGAAGCAGCGUUACUAGACUCAUUCAGCACUUGCAUGCUCGAGAUUCUCGCCGACCGUUCUGCCCACCUGAUUUUUGGUUUAUCGUUGGCCUUGAUAUUGCAACUUUCCGUGAAACAGCGAUUGCAGACGAGUUCUCCAUGGGAACGGAAGUUCAAGACAAUCGAACCCCACGCAAAGCACCAUCAAAACUACGAAUGGCAAGGAUUAGCCCUCACCUUGGUAUACUCAACAACAUACCAUUUGUUCUGCCCUUUGAAGAUCGAGUAGAGGUGUUUAGGAUGUUUAUUAGGAAUGACAGGAGGUCACUAUAUGGCGGUAUGAUGCAAGUGCCAGAUGAUGCGGAUAUAGACUUUUCAUUCUUGCCACCUGUAGCCAGAGUAACCAUACGGCGAGACCAUGUCUUUGAAGAUGGCUUUACGCAUCUGUAUGGACUUGGUGCAGACUUGAGACGGAAGAUCGCUAUAUCGUUUGUUGACGAAUUUGGGCUCUUGGAAGCUGGUGUUGAUGGUGGAGGUGUAUUUAAGGAGUUUCUCACAACCCUUGCACGUCAGGCGUUCGAUGUCAAUUACGGCCUCUUUAUGGUUACUGAAGAUCAGCUGCUAUACCCAAAUUCAAGCAAAUAUGCUAGGGAGACUGCCCAACUUGCAUACUUUGAAUUUUUGGGGCUCAUCAUUGGAAAGGCACUAUACGAAGGUAUCCUCGUAGAGGUUGCAUUUGCAGGAUUUUUCCUCAGCAAGUGCCUUGGUAAAAUGAAUUAUCUUGAUGACCUUCCAUCCCUGGACUAUGAACUCUAUAAAGGACUGAUUAAUCUAAAAAAUUAUGACGGCAACGUGGAGGACCUUUGUCUUGACUUUUCUAUAACCGACAAUAAUGUCGAGUCUUCUGAGAUCAUCGACUUGAUACCCAACGGACGUAAUGUCCCGGUUACCAACGAGAAUCGGAUUCGUUACAUAUACCUGGUAGCCAAUUAUAGGCUUAAUAUUCAAAUAGGAAGGCAGUGUAAAGCGUUUUUCCGGGGUUUAUCGACCAUCAUCGAUCCAAAAUGGAUACGGAUGUUCAAUCAGAAAGAGCUGCAGGUCCUAUUGGGAGGUGCUUCCAUUCCUAUAGACAUUGAAGAUCUACGCGCCAAUACUGUAUACUCCGGGUACACCGAAGACGAAGACAUCAUAGAGAACUUCUGGACGGUGUUGCGUGAGAUCGACAACGAGCAAAGGAGCAAGUUUGUAAAAUUUGUUACCUCUUGUUCACGGCCCCCUCUCCUUGGGUUCAAGGGGUUGAACCCGCAGUUUUGUAUUCGAAAUGCCGGCGGGUUUGACUCAAGACUUCCCACUAGUUCUACCUGUGUCAAUCUCCUCAAGCUGCCGAGGUACAGUAACCUCGACAUCCUCAAACAGAAACUGCUGUAUGCAAUUAACGCUGAGGCUGGAUUCGAUUUAUCGUAGUCGUAAACACUUGUGGAGAAAAAGUAAAUAAAACAAGUGCUACCAUAUACAAUGUAUCUUUAUGUUUGAUUUAUGCUUCAUCGCGAUAUCAUCCGGAUGUUGGAGCCCGUCAGCUAGCCAGACAAGAUACACAUUGAAUUGAGCCACAACGAGCCAAGGUGCGGCGGCUGCACGGUAUCUGAUCUCCGCAUCCCAUCCUCGUGAUUAUGGAAGCUUGGUGGUUUUUAAUAAACUGUAACAGAAAGACAUGGUAUUUUCUCGAACAUGUCGCC